GCUAGGGCACCUUCAGUAGACGAACGGACGUUAUCGCACAACAAGCUCUCUCCUCAAGUGCCUCUAGAAGAAACCAUAAUGUCUCUCCUUCAGAAUUUCUCGAGUGGUCAGCCAGUUUAUGAGUCUGGCGUCAAGUGUUGCAACUGCGGCGGAGUGAAGCGGCCCUGGGACAUGUUCCUCCCCAUAACUCUCAGAGGAAGUUUCUUCCAAGACUCGUUCUUCUCCAACUUGCACCAGCACUUCCAUGCCACCGUCAGGGACAUACUGAGCAGAUGGUGCGACUCUGACUUCAAGCUCACCGACCCCUGGGACGACGUCAAGGCCCACCACACUGACAUCCUUGAUCGUUAUCGCCAGCUUCGCUCCCGCAACCUGAAGGAGGAAAAUCAAGCUGUUGCCGUCACGUCGGAUGACACCAGCCGAAAGGUGGUAAUGGACGUGCAUGACUUCAUGGGCGGAGACGUGAAGGUGAAAGUAGUUGGCGAGAAAGACCUCGUGGUGGAGGGGAGUGUGGAGAAGAAAGAGGGAGGCUCCUCAGUGUCCUCGCACUCCUUCAGACGCCUCUUCUCCUUGCCUCGUCUCACUGACUUGUCAGCCAUUAACUCUGUCAUGUCUUCGGAUGGUAUUCUCACCAUUACAUCGCCCAAAAUAGAGAGCGAACCACAGCACAAGACCACCAUCAUUCCUAUCCAGAUGGAGGAAACUCAGAAUAUGAGUGUUAGUGAAGCAGCUUCGUCCGAAUCUUUCAAAUGUGAACAAUGUAGUCAAAAGCAGACUUCUGUCAAUGGAAGCAAACAGGAAGUAAGUAUUCCCAUCAAGAACUACGAGCAGACUUCGGAGGCCAACAAAUCACAGAGUCAGAUCACUCAAGACUCCGCUCAGUCAUCGACUUCCCCCAGAUUGAUUCCCAUUGAAAUCGAAGCAGAUGAAAGUACAAAUAAAGCUCUCUUGAGUCAGGAGACGCAGUCAUCGGAAUCCCAGUUAAAAUCCUUAGAAAAAGACAAGAUGUUUCAAAUGGAUUCGUUCCCUGGACACUUCUUUCCCAUUACAACACGAGGACUCUUCUUCAAUGAUUCCUUCUUCCAAGAUUCGUGGAAUGACUUCCAGAAGGCCGUGAGGGAGGUGCUGGCCAGGUGGGGAGAGCAGUCAUCGCUGGUCGACGACCUGACUAGUUACAGGAAUCUUCGAAGUCGCGAUCUUCGAGAAGAUACUCAGGCUGUCACGUCCUCGGAGGAUGAACAUCAGCAUAAGUUUGUAAUUGAUGUCAAAGAUUUCAUGGACGGCGGAGAGAUAAACGUGAAAGCUGUGAACGAUCGAGAACUGGUGGUUUCAGGCCACACCGACAAGAAUGGUGGCGGCUCGAAGUCCACCAAGCGGUUCCUUCGACGCUUCGUUGUUCCUGGAGACAUUCAGCUUGAUGCCGUUACUUCAGUCGUGUCUUCCGAUGGCGUCCUUACUGUUUCUGCUCCUAAGAAGCACUCAACACUCCAAAUAGAGGAGGUCUUUUCGCCCUUAAGCAUCGAAGGAAGUGAGAAAAAGCUGACCAGCCCAGGCACGACCAAGGGCAACUCAUCGGGAGUUACGGCGUCUCCUAUCGGUCAGCAGACAGCCACAGACCAAAGCUCUAAUCCUCUAAACCAGAAAGAAGAGCCUUACGUACUCGUGACUGCAGUUCCCGCAAAAGUCAUACCAAAAAUACCAAACUCAGCAGAGACGAAAAAACCCUCUUCCUCCUCUGCUCCUUUGGAAAACGUCUCUGUUAAGCCAAAAUCCUUCGACACAAAGGGAAAGGAAGCCAACGAAGGAGAAGAGGAGAAGGUCGACUAUAAAGCAGCACUCAAGCAGAGAACCGGCGGAGGAAAAUUCCCAAUCAAGAUCAGUGGGACGGUGAUCGGUAGUGACUCAGUAGGAGUUGAAUGAGAGAAAAGUUGAUAACAGGAAUGGAUGUGAGUUCGCGCAUGCAGAAUUAUGUAGAUGUAAACUUUUAUGGUUACCGUUUAUGUAAUUCACGUUACUGUUGCUAUCUGUAAUAUUUAUUUCCCCUAUUAUUACUGAUUGUAUAUUAUUCCAUGCUUUUCUGAGCAAGUACUUCUUACUGCAGGAGACACGGUUUAGGAUACUUGCAAAUUAUUUUUAUAGGCACUACCUUUUAUAUAUGGGCACACAAAUAAAUCUUAUCUAUAUUAUCAGAUCUUUA